AUGGAGAAGGAAGAUUCAUUUGAUGCUGGUAAUUCCACAGUAGUAUCGAUACCACGUAGCGAUUUAGAUAUUGGUUUACAAGAGGAAGCAGUAGCUGACUCUGUUGAAUCAAAGCACCCAGACCAAAAAAACCUAAAACAACAAGAACAGCAAGGUGGGGAAGUAGGAGAAGAAACAAAUAAUAUUUUAGAUUCCCAAUUCUAUAAAUCUCAAACAACAACAACAACAACAGCAUCAGCGUUAGCAGCGGCAGCAGCAGCAGCAGCAGCAACAACAACAACAACAACAACAACAACAACAACAGGAACAACAACAGGAACAACACAUUCUCCAUCAAUUUCCUCCAUUUCUUCAUUAGAUAGUGAUAGUUCAACGGGAAAACUUAUCAAGUCAUUUUCCAAGACUAAACUAACUGAUAAUAACAAAGAGAACCAACAACCACCAACUACAGAUACAAAGCCUAUAGAUUUAGAUAGACCUGCACUAAUGGCUACAUCCACCGAAAAUAGUUUCAACACUACAACCAAGGUAACCAAGUUACCUCAGUCCGUUGCUUCUAAGACCAACUUCUACAAUGAUUUAACCAGCAAAAAUACUACACAACAACAACCACAACCUCAAAAGAAAAAGCCAAUUAAGUUUACAGUGAGAAAAGUAUCUCACGAGGCUAUCAGUACUCCCUCUUCACCUUCACCAGAUGCAAUGACUCAUGGAUAUAGUCAUAGUAGACAGAGCAGUAAUGGCAGUUACCACCAUCACAAUCAACAUAAAUCACCAAUCCCAACCCCAGUAAAUGGAACAUUCACAUCGACUAAACUACACCACACAUUGCAGCCAUCACAAUCACCUCCAAUAGGAAUGGUAGCUAGUCCACCAAGUUUAGAUUCACAUGAACUAGAAACCCGCAAAAAACUAAAUGCGGCACAACACAAAUAUGAUCAAUAUGAAGCCAGAAUAGGCAAAAUUGAUAAAGAAAUACAAUUUUUGACUAAUCUACUUCCCCCUUAUAACGUUGACGUUGACUAUACUACUAGAGUCAAAAUUCAGCGAGCAAUUGAAAAAUUACGGGGCAAACAAGAUGAAUUAGCAAGAAAGAAAUAUGGAUUAGGCAUAACUAUCAGUCGACUUUGGCGUGCUAGUGAAGGAAGUGAAAUAUGGGUUAGGAAAGUGGAUUAA